AUGCUUGUCCCACCUCAUCUCCUCCCCUUCCUCCUCCUGCCUCUACAUGCUCUUACAGCACCAUCUCCAAGCGACCUCGCGGCUUCAGACGCAAACAAUGAGUCCACGAACACCAAAGUUCCUCUUGCCAAACGCUACGCCAUCUCCAUCCACCCGCUCAACAGCACAAACGCUCUUGCCGACACCGAGCCCCUCAACGCAACAAACUCAAGUAUCGUCGGCAUCGCAACCCAAUACAAACAAUGGGGGGUCCACGGCUCCUGCGGCCAAGUCUCCGCCGAUACCGAUUUCGUAGCGGCUCUCUCUACCGAAUGGAACGUGGGGUCACAUUGCUGGGAAAAUAUGACGGUGCAGUCCGCGGGCCGGAGCGUGCAGGUCACUGUUGCCGAUACUUGUGUGGGAUGUGUUAGGGAAGAGAUUGAUCUUAGUGUGGCAGCUUUUCAGGAGUUGCUGGGGGAAAGAGAAGCGAAGGAUGGGAGAGUGGAUUGUGCUUGGCGAUUACUGGGCUUUGACGAUGGGACCGCUUAG